CUCCAUUGUUUAUUAGACUCAACAGAGCCCACAGGACAACACCCAGAGGGAUGCGGGGCUUGGGAUGAGCCUGGCUUUGGAGAAGGGGCCUCCUGCUGCAGCCAGCCCUCCCUGCUCCCCACGUCUCCUCCUCCAGUCGCAGCACCAUGGAAAUCCCCCCCAAGAGCCCUGAUGGGAGCGAGAUGUCGCCCCAGUCCAAGGAGCUGGUGACCAGCAACACGGGCAGCACGCUGUGCACGAGCUCCCGCAGCGAGUCCAUGUGGACCAGCGCCUCCAGGAGCAGGUGGGACAUUUACCACAAGCCCGUCAUCGUCGUGUCCGUGGGAGCUGCCGUCUUCCUCUUCGGUGUGGUCAUCACCAGUUUGUCCUGCUUCCUGACCAAGAACAAAAACGCUUACAAAAUGUCUGGCCCGGCUUUCCUGUCCCUGGGGCUGAUGCUCCUGGUUUGCGGCCUGGUCUGGAUCCCCAUCAUCCGCAAGAAGCAGAAGCAGAGGCAGAAGUCACAGUUCCUACAGAGCCUCAAGUCCUUCUUCUUCAACCGCUGAGGGCAGCCAGGACCUUCCCGAGGAGAUUCCCCUCCCCUCCACCAACCCGUGUUUAUCAGCCAUGGAAACAAACACUUUCUUGUACUCCCUAGGGGGUUUCACCCCAGUGUCUUCCCUACACGGCCUCCAGUGUGAAAAUGAACUUUGUACUUCAUCCAAGUCAUCCCAGGCUAAAAAGGAGCAGGAAUUUUCAACUGAGCCCAGCAAGGCAGGUCCAAGGCUCUGCAUCACCCCCCAGUCCAAAGAGGGGCCCAACGGCACAAACUGGGUAAAGCAAAGCCCCAGAGGAACCUGGGCUGAAGCCAAACCCCGAAGAAACCCAGCUCCCCCAGGAGGUCCUCCAGGAUCCAUCAGCACAGAGGAGCCAUCUGACAGGAGCCAAAAUUCCUUCCAGCUCCCUGAUUCACCAGAGAGGCUGGAGGAUCUGCACAGCACCAGGAGACACAGCAGAAGCAGAGGACAGAGAUCCUGCAGAGGGUCCCACAUCCUAGAGAAUAUCCCAGAUCCUACAGAGGGCACAGAUCCUGCAGAAAGGCACAGAUCCUACAGAAUGUCUCAGAUUCUACAGAAUAUCCCAGAUCCUGCAGAGGGGGACAGAUCCUGCCAAGUGUCCCAGAUUCUACAGAGGGUCCCAGAUCCUACAGAGGGUCCCAGAUCCUGCUUCUCCAGGCAGCUGGCAGGGCAGGGACAAGGGAAAUGUGUCUGGGAAUGGUCUGAGCUGUGGGAACUGUGCUCAGGGCUGAGAGCUGAUUCCCUCCCAGGAACUCUCAGCCUCCUCCUGGCCAUCUCUGCCUGAGCUCCCUCAUUUCUGAAAGCGGUGCCACAUCAGCAUUUCUGCCUGACAAUGUUGUCCAAGGUGCCUGAGACCUGAAGCGUUUGUGUUUGCACAGCCUGGCUGCCAGGGAGCUCGAGCUCACCUUGGCACUGGUGCCAGGCUUCCCCCAGCCUGUGACCAGGGCUGUGUGCCUGCAGAGCCUCUCCACCUGUGUGGGCAGAGCUGGAGGUGGCACAUCCCAUCCUGGCAGCUGGCACAGCUGGAUUAGGAGUAUUUGAGCACACAGAUCCCUUUGCCCCAGGCUCGGUCUGGCCCUGAGCUUUGUUUCCUGGCUGGUGCAGGCAUCCCUGGGCAGCCAGUGCCAGGUUGGUGACAGGGCUGUACAAGAUCUGGCACAGGACCCAGCAAAACUGUUUGUUCCUCAGCCAUCCCUCAUGUCAUGCUCUGCUGCUGUUUGCAGUCCUGCACUGGCACCAGCCUCUGCUCCUUCAGCUGCCACAGGCAGGGGAUGCUCACCCCAAACUCCUCGGGGCAGCUGCAGCCAGAGACUGCAGGAGGGACACCAGGAUCCAGGAUGGAAAACCAGGGAGCAACGUGAGGAGGAGCCCCAGGUCCCAGCUGGCUGCACAUCUGGGCACAGCUGGGAGCCCUGGAGCUGCACUGGGUGGAGAUGGCACCUGGAAACGGGUCCUGCUGCACAGAGCCAUGCUCAGCCAGGGCUGCCUGGCCAAAGGGGUGCUCCAGGAGGGCUGGAACUGCCCAAAGGAGAGAGGGAGCUCCUGCUGGCCACGAAUCAAGGGAGCUCCUGCCGGCCAGGUCUCACAGCCAAGGAGAAGGAGACAGUCAGUGAAAUGUUAAUGUGAUAAAAAAGUCACCGAGACCAAGGAUUGAAUUGGAUUCCAGGCUGGUCAUUUAUAACAAGAAUAUGAGGUUUCAUUAAAGGAAAACGUUCCCGAGGGAC